ACGCUCAACGCACACACACACACAGCGAGCACACAGGCCGAUAUAAGGGAAGGGCCUUAUCUAGGCAGGCGUUACUGGGUUGGCACCACUUGGACCGCAGCCGUCGUCCCGAGCAGCCCGCAGCGCACCUUUUCCAAGUUCCGACGUCCGACGUUGACAAACCCGUCGCCAAGAUGAUCCAGUACCUUCCCAGCUCCUUCUUCACCGUCCCCUUCAUCCACCCCCUGAAGCGGGGCCUGGAGCUGGACCGCAUCAUCGCCAUCUACGGCGUGAUCCUGCCCGACGCGGACCGCUUCGUGCUGAACCUGCAGACGGGCCCCAGCGACGGCGACAACAUCGCGCUGCACGUGUCGUACCGCAUCCCCGAGGGCCUCGUGGUGUUCAACACGUUCCGCGACGGCGGCUGGGAGAACGAGGAGCGCGUGCACCACCUGCCCGUGCAUCGCGGCCAGCACUUCCAGAUGCUCAUCAACAUCAGGCCCAACAAGUUCAAGGUGGCCAUCAACGGGCAGCACUUCGCCGAGUUCCACCACCGCAUGCCGCCGCAGAUGGUGACGCACGUGGGCGCCGAGGGUGACGUGCACAUCAACAACAUCACCGGCGUGAGGAUGCCCAACGAGCCCGACAACGUGGUGUACAACCCCGAGGUGCCGCUGCUGCAGAACAUCGGCUCCAUCUUCCCCGGCCGCCUGAUCCGCAUCCGCGGCACCAUCCCCCACGACUGCUACCGCUUCUCCAUCAACCUGAUGGACGGCCCGGACACCGAGAGCAACAUCAUCCCCUUCCACGCGUCCGUCAGGCCCAACCACAGCGAGAUGCUGGUGGAGCUCAACAGCAAGCGCCACGGCGGCUGGGAGCACGGCACCCAGAUCAGGCCGUGCCCCGUCCGCCUGGGCCAGGCCUUCGAGAUGCUCGUGCUGGUGGACCGGGACAACUACAAGGUUGCCUUCAACGGCCAGCACUUCACUGAGUUCGACCACCGCUACCCCCUCGAGACCGUGAGCUACUUCCGCAUCGAGGGCUCGGUGAACAUCAACAAGGUGAGCUUCGAGGGCCACCGCACCGACGGCUUCAACUUCGUCCCCCUGCCACCCCCGGCAGAGGACUACUUCCACCCCCUCGCCUACGAGGCCGUGGGCAACCAAUUCGUGUUCGCGAACCCCUACCCCAUCUACUAGACGGCGAUCGAGAUCGAGGGUCGACCAGGGUCCACACGACCCAGACCAACCACCCGCGCGAACAGCGCGCUCUUUAAGACUGAAGUCUCCGUAUACACUUUUUAAUUUUUGUAUGAGCUUGUGGAAAAAUGUGCUGUGUAAUUUAAUAAACCAACUUUUAAGAAUC